AUGCUGCGCAUGAUCAAAGCUCUCUUUUCAUUCUUGUUUGCGGCAGCUGCAGUAAAGGCCGGAAUUACCCCAUCGCCGGCCGGCGAUAUGGCGGCCCUGCUGACUUUCAAAGAGGAGCUGACCAGCAGAGGCACUGCACUGCUGUCGUGGAAUCAAAGUACCAGUUUCUGCACGUGGGAAGGAGUGAGCUGCGGGCGUCGACACCCGGAGAGGGUGACCGAGAUAGAACUCACCUCCGGCGGCCUCGUGGGCCCAAUCUCCCCCUCCCUCGGCAACCUGUCCUUCCUUCGAAGCCUCAACCUCUCCUUGAACGCACUCCACGGUGGGAUCCCUUCCUCCGUCGCCGGCCUACACCGUCUGCGGUACCUCAACCUCAGCUAUAGCUUCAUCGGCGGUGAGAUCCCGAUCGCUCUUAGAAAUUGCUCGGAGCUGAGAAUGAUCAACCUACAUGGCAACCAAUUCACGGGGCAACACAGCAUCACCGGAGUCAUACCGGCGUCGCUUGCCAACGCCUCGUCCCUCACCAUGUUGAGCUUCCUCGAGAACCUCAUAGAGGGAACCAUCCCAGAAGGCCUCGGCCACUUUGCGCAACUCUGGUUUAUUCAACUUUCCGGCAACUACCUCUCCGGCUCCAUCCCUACUUCGCUAUACAAUCUGUCCUCUCUGCUCUAUAUCUCCGUGGCGGGGAACCAGUUGCACGGGGGACUUUCAGCUGACAUCGGACGCAAACUCAGCAAUCUUCAGGUGAUCUAUUUGGGAGGCAAUCAGUUCACUGGAGAAAUUCCAGCUUCCAUCACCAACUGUUCCGGCCUCAAUCGAUUGGAUGUCUCCUUCAAUAGUUUCAGCGGCCGCUUGCCUCGCGACAUGGGGAGAUUGUCAGAGCUUACCCUGUUCUCCAUCGGCGAGAACCAGUUUGAAGCACAAAACUCCGACGAUUGGGAUUUCUUCACUUCACUGACCAACUGUUCCGCGUUACAACAUGUCUCCAUCGAACUCAAUGACAACUUACGCGGGUCGCUGCCGCCUGCCGUCGCCAACUUCUCCGAGCAACUCCAAGUGCUGAUAGUGGGAGGGAAUGCACUCUCUGGGAGCAUACCAGCCGGGAUCGGGAAUCUCAUCGGUCUGCAAAAACUCGUACUGCACGAGAACUAUUUCACUGGUAGCAUUCCGGAAGGGAUUGGUCAUCUUCUACAACUGCAAGUACUGUUUUUGGAUGACAACAAUCUCUCCGGUCAAAUGCCUCGUUCUCUAGGCAAUCUAACUCAAUUGUAUCUCCUCAAUGCGUCCUACAACGCGUUACAUGGCCCGAUUCCAGCAACACUUGGACGCUUGCAGAGCCUUACGACGUUGUGGCUAUCAGACAAUUUCCUCGAUGGCGUCAUCCCCAAAGAGCUCUUCAACUUAUCUUUUCUAUUGGACACCAUUGAUUUGAGAUACAAUUUACUCACAGGAUCUCUACCUUUGGAGGUGGGGAAUCUACGGAAUAUGAGAAAUUUGUUGGCGUCUGGAAAUAGAUUGCAAGGUCAAAUACCCAAUACACUCGGUGAUUGUCAUGUAUUGGAGUACUUGGCCUUGGACGAUAACUUAUUCCAAGGUAGCAUUCCUUCGACUCUCGCCAACAUAGCAGGACUUACAGGUCUAAACCUGACGAAAAAUAAUUUGUCCGGCGAGAUUCCCCGAACACUGAGUUCCAUAAGUGGGCUUCAAGAGCUAUACCUUGCACAUAAUAAUUUGUCAGGUGCCAUUCCUGAAUUCUUACAGAAUUUGAGCUCUCUAUUUGCAGUUGAUCUCUCUUUCAAUCACCUGGAGGGUGCAGUGCCGACCAAGGGCGUGUUCCAGAACAUCUCUCGCUUUUCGAUCGUAGGGAAUGAUGGACUCUGUGGAGGAAUUCAAGAACUUCACUUACCUUCGUGUCCCAUGCAUUCUUCUGAAAGAAAACACUCUAAAUCGACUCCACUUCUGAUCACUGUACCUACUCUUUGCUUCUUCUUCUUGUUGCUCCUCUCGGUUCUUAUUUAUCGGAGGAAGAAAAAGCAGGAGGAGUCACCAACAUCGUCUUCUCCGUUGGACAUGCACUAUCCUAUAAUCUCAUACUUUGAGCUGUCAAAGUCGACAGCAGGAUUCGACGCCUCCAAUCUCAUUGGCAAAGGAAGGUAUGGCUCGGUGUACAAAGCAACUCUAGACCGCGACGGCAAAAUUGUUGCAGUGAAGGUGUUUGACCUUCAGCAAUUUGGCUGCUCUCGGAGUUUCUUAACAGAGUGCGAGACUUUAAGCCGCAUCUGCCACCGGAACCUUGUCAAGAUUAUAACCUGUUGCUCCAGCGUUGACUCAAACGGCAAUGACUUCAAGGCUAUAGUCUUCGAUUUCAUGCCGAAUAAGAGCUUAAACAGGUGGUUGCACCCACAACUUGAACGCAAUGGAGAGCAUCAGCAAAUAAGCUAUAUAAGCCUGAAGCAGAGGUUGAACAUAGCCAUUGAUGUUGCUGAAGCUUUGUAUUAUCUCCACAGCUGUUGCAAGCCGCCCGUGGUCCAUUGCGACCUGAAGCCAAGCAACAUUCUCCUGGAUGAGGACAUGGUGGCUCAUGUUAGCGACUUUGGGCUCGCUAAGAUCCUCCCUGAAGCUAUAAGCAAAUCCUUGGCCGACUCCACCAGCUCAAUUGGAUUGAGAGGAUCUAUUGGCUAUGCCCCUCCAGGUGAAAUCUACUCCUAAUUACUC